AUGGAUUUCGCCAUGCAGAUUGACAACUCCCGCAAGCGAUGCCGCGACGAGCCGGAGAUGCAGGGCCCCAAUUACCACCAGCACGUCGCGAAGAGGGCGCGCCAAUGGGACAUGGACGCGUCAACCCGCGAUUCCACUCCCAGCCUAGGCGAAUCCACUCCCUCAACACCUGCAUCUAUCGAUGUGGACAUGGACGACACUCCCCAACUGGCCCCCGUGCAUGCGCCCACACAAGCACCGGAGCCCGAGCCGCAACCGAGAUCCGGGGGAAUGAUCAUUUCGGGCUGGAACCAGAACCGCCGGAACCAGUACCUGCGUCAAGGCUAUCCUUUGGCUUGGAUGCAGGGCUCCACACAGUGAAUGCAACUUAAUACCAGUCCCAUCACCACCACCACAGGAUCGGGUUUGGGUUGGGAGAGCAGGGCUGCCGGCCGGGAAUUCCGAGGUGCGGUGCACCUCUUGUAAUAGUUAAAUGUAUUCUACCUUACCCGUCGAAGGAGAUGGGACGUCGCACCGUUAGUUUUUGAAUGAAACGGGCUACGACAGCCAGUCAUAACGGUUGCCCAC